AUGGUUGUCACACGCAGACAAGCUUCGCUUUCCAGGGCAGGCUCAGUACUCUAUCCUGAGGAAGAGGAGGAGAAGCCUGGUAUGACGCAGCCAGUCAACACGGCAAGGCCGAAUCCUGUAGAAUCCACUCACACCAGGCAGAACCAGGUCAACUCGGUCGACGAUGCGCCACGUGCUACGCAGGCCAGCUUCACGCCCGGCUCGACGGAGAUCAAGUUCUACGAUGAAGAGUACAAGAAGCUCCAGCGGGGCAAGUCGAGCGCAAAGCCUAGCCGCUCGGGUCCAGAUGUGCGGUCGAAGAGGAGGAACGGAUGGCUGUCGGGCUGGUUAGCAAAGGGCACAGCGCUCUAUCUGCUGGCAGCCUACGCGCUCGUCUGCUCGAAUGACCCCAACUCGACUCAUAGCGUCUGUCGCGGCUUCAAUGGCGCGGAACAUCAUGCCUCUGCUGCCCUGAAGAAGCUCAAGCCUCACUUGUCGCCCUAUCUGGCGCAUGCGGACCCUUAUCUGGAUAGGCUACAGCCUUACACCGAUCGGGCCGAGCAAUUCGUCAAGCCCAUCAAUGAUGCUUACGAGACGCACGUCCAUCCUCGCGUUCUCAAACUCUUCAGUCACACUCACCAGACUGCCCGACCUUGGUUCAACCAUGCGCACAAACAGUACAAGUCUAAUCUUCACCCCACGGUCAGCAAAUAUCAGAAACUGGCAGCCGAAGUAUAUGAACUCAAUAUCGAUCCACACGUCAACACUGCUUCCUCGAUGGCCAAGCAGUACUCCGAUCAAGCUUAUAGCGUCGUUUCGCCCGCAUAUACUUCGGCCACAAAUGUCGUGAGGAAGAGUGUACCUGUCGCUCAGCAGUAUGUCUCUGCCGCACAGCCACACAUUGUCAAAACGUAUGAGACCACGCGCGAUACAUACACUACCCACGUCCACCCGCUCGUCAUCGACCUCAGUCGUCAUUCUGGAUCGUUCUUGCAAUCUAAGAUCUUGCCAUGGCUCAGGAGAUUCCACUCGCUCUACAUCAAACCGCAAACGGACAAGAUCUACGCAAAAGUUUUCGAGUACAAGACCGCGAAAGUGGCUUCGGAUGUCGCUGCCGAUGCUGAAGAGGAGAUCAAACUGUUCGAGGAAGUCUCGGAUUCUGAUGAGGACGAAGAGACUGUGCUUCUUGAGCUAAAGCAGGAUGUGUCGCACGAUGCCGAAGGACUAGCAGAUGGCGCGGUCGAUGCCGAUGCAAUCAUCCCUGACACCGCGACGCCGGUACCGGCACAAGAUCCAGCAGUGUCAGAAAAGCGACACAAAGUCGAGUCUGCUUUGGCGACGUACGAGAAGGAGAUCGAUCAGCUCGCACUACGUGAAAGAAAUCUGCUCAUCCAACGCUUGACUGCUCUUCGCAAUUCAGCUUCGAGCGACAUCCCUGCUCGCUUCGAGCCCCGCUUGCGCGAGAUCCAAGACGACGCUACGGGCUACCUGUCAAAGUUGGCAAAGUACUUCUCAAAGCUGACGGAUGCAGCCGCAAAGGAAGACGUCGACAGCGCCGUGGCAGAUGCACAGACGAUCGUCACCAAGGCGCUUUCUAAGAUCUCUAGAAGAUCCGAUAGUAUUGCAGAGGAGAUCGACGAGUAUCGUCGCACUCAGACCCAGCUAGAAGUCUCUGCGGUCGACAAAGCCUUCAAAGGUAUUCAGACGCUAGUGGCUACUGCUCAGGAAGAGGCGGGUCACAGUCUCACGUGGCUCGAGGAUGUGACUGCGGUCGAUUGGACUCGCUACCACGCGCUUGGAGAAAGUGAGAAGAAAUGGGCUGCCGACUUCCGUGCGCUACAAUCCGGUCAGAAGUCAGAUCCCGCUCUGUCAAAAGCACCCAAUACAAUCUCUACCCUGGCAGAACUUCAGAGCGAGCUAGACACGAUCGUUGAGACCUUUGAGACUCGUCUCAAGGCUUCGAGAUCGGUCGGCAUUUCUGCCAUCAAGGGCGAAGGCGUCGUCAAUCGCGCCAAGGGCGCAGCAGCAGCGGUCUCGAGCGUGUACGCGGAGGCCACAGCAGCAGUCGUCUCGGCAGCAGGAGGCGCAAUCACCACGCCUGCCGCAAGUGGCUAUUCUGCCUCGGCCGAAAGCGUUUACUCCGAUCUGGCUGAUACGGCGACAUCUCUCCUCUCGAAAGUAGCGGAUGCUGCGCCGACCGCUGUGGUCGCAGGCGUCGUUGCAGACAUCUACGAGUCUGCUUCGUCUGUGCUCGUGGCAGGCACGGCAGCAGCUUCUUCGCAAGUCUAUCCCAAUCAAGGUUACGUCGCCUCGGCCUCUUCGCAAGCGCAUCAAGCGUACAGAUCAGUGCAAAGUGCAGUUGGCCUUGAGCCGUCCCCCGAAGGUCUGACAGAGCACGCAUCGAGCGUUUACAAUGCUGCUGCUUCAGCAGCUGCUGCCAUUAUCCCGACGGAUGUUCAAGGCUCGGCUGCGAGCGUAGCUUCCGUCGCUUCUGCUUCGCUGUCGUCCGUUGCCAACUAUGGACAGGCUUCUGCUGCUUCCGCGGCUUCAGUCUUGUCAGCUUCUGGCGCAUCCGCAGUAUCGGUCGCGUCAGUGUCUGCCGCAUCGAUCGCAUCGCUGGCCUCUGCCUCGGCUUCAUCAGCUGCUUCCGCUGCAUCAGCCGCCAUCACGUCGCGCGUCAUCCCGCAGCAAGGCUACGUUGCAGCGGUAUCUUCGCAAGCUCAUGAAGCCAUUCGAUCGGCUCAGAGAGCCGCUGGAAUCGAGCCUUCGCCCGAAGGCAUUGUCGAGCAUGCGACGAGCGCUUACAAAGCCGCUAGCUCAGCUGCAGGAUCGGCUGCUGGAGAUGCUCAAGCUACACUGGUUUCCAUCGCUUCGUCGCUGAGCAAGUCCCUGCCGGGCGUGCCGGACGUCAAUUCUGCGCAAGCUUCGGUCUCCUCCGUUGUGUCGGUCGCACAAGCAUCGGGCGCUUCUCUGGCCGCAGCUGCACAGUCCUCGGGUGUCAGCGCGGCUUCUGUCGCAUCAGCCUCGAUCAGCAGUGCCGCGUCUGUCGCGUCAGCAUCAGCUGUCUCUGCCGCAUCUUCCCUGAGCAAGAGCGCACCUUCCCUACCUUCUGUCGACGUCGCCAAGUCAGCCUCGAGCGUCUAUAGUGCGGCCUCGGCAUCCGUCGUGUCCGCCGCCUCGGCCGCUUCUUCGUCCCUGCCAUCAAUAGAUGCGCAGAAUGUAUAUCGCGAAGCCCAGAAAGUUGUCGGUAUCAAGCCGAGUCCACAAGGUAUCGUCGAGUCUGUCAAAUCGGUCGCCUCUUCUGCAUACGAAGCUGUCCCGUCUGCCGAUGCUGCACAAGCAAUCCACGAAGCCACUAGGGCUGCCUCUCGCGCGGUCGGCGCGACGCCCACGCCAGAGAACAUACAAGAGCACGCUACCUCAGUCCUUGCAGCAGCAGAGGAUGCCCUUGCGUCUGCCUCGUCUGCAGCAGCACAAGCAGCCGAACAAGCUGCCCAAGCUAUCCGAAGAAAUUACAAUCGAGUCGAAUUUUCGCUCUUGCCACGUGUGUUGGAAUUGUCUCCAAGUCUGGCCUCGGCUCUAUCCUCAUCCCAGGGUCUCUCUUCAUCUAGCGACGCUGCAGGAUCUCAGCAGGGCAGUCUGUCGACUCGACAGCAGCAGCAUCCAGUCAGCACAUCUAGCCUUGUAGAAUUCCAUUCGACCGCCUGGCGAGGCUUCGUGCUCCAGGACUGGCUGUCGACACCUCAGCUGGCGAGGCUGCUGCGCUCGCUUGCACCAGCUCCAGCUCCGGCUCGUGCGCGCUGCUCGACUGGCUCGCUCGUGCAGGACAAACACGUCGUGCUAGCUGCUUAUCCGGAAUCGUCCGCGUUCCUGGAUCAUCGGCCUCUCACGGCCUCAUCGCUUUCAACCUCGAGGCACUCGCUGCUCACGCCGCCUUCACAUCAGCAGAAGCUCGCUCACACUCCAUCAUCCUCUCAUAGACCAUCGACUGCGCCUCAGACUAGACCUUGGGGCAGUCAAGCUAGCUUCGACCCGCCGCGCAGAACGGCAAUGCCGUCGCUCAUCAACGAGGAGGAGCACACAUUCUCACCUGCAUUGUCCAACACGCCGACCUCGGCGACAGAUCUGCAAGGUAGCCCGCAACAAAUUCUGGUCAACCAUUCGUCGGAUCUGCUGCAUUCACCUCUCGCAGUCUCGCCAAAUGAUGACGUCGCAUCUGGACUUGAGGAAGCGUACCGUAGCCCUGCGCAAGAGGGAGGCGAUCCUACAACAGCGAGCUCCGCCCAACAGGCUUUCGUCUCGCCUCAGCACCCGACUGUCGUUCCCAAUAUGCCGCUCUGGGCUGCCCAUCAGCUGCCACUCGGCAUGAAUGUCAGAAACACGAGGCCAAUGACAGCCCCAUCGUAUGCUUCAGCUCCUUAUUUCGGCGCACCCGGCUACGAAUCAGAGCAGCUAGGCUCAUACGAGACAUUUGGUGCUCCUCCGUUUGGCGCGCAUCAUCAGCCAUACAAUAUCUCUCACGCGCAGCACCCCUCAACGUCAAUGGCGGGUUAUACCUUAGUGAGCAGUGGCCAAGCAGAGGACCCUUCAUCGCUCUUUCAACACAACAUCGACAGCUUCGCCCUCCAGGAAGCAGAUGAUCGAAUGGAUCAACUUCGGUUCAGGAAAUUCUCUGUGCCUGACUUGUCAGAGUCUUCAUUCGCGCAUCACCCGUCUUCACUUGUCGGCACGCCGAGCCGAGCAAUCCUGUAUCGCACAGAAUAUCCUAGACCAGAUACAGCGACAACCUACAUGAGCGAAGCAGACAGCUCGAGGCCCAACACGGGCAUGGACACCUUUUCGCCCUUUGGCGGCAUGCAAAGCUUCUCGCCCUUCCACAACCCGCAGAUGCCAUACGACCGACAACAGCACUUCGGCUUCGGACAGAUCUUGGGCGCUCAUCGCAAACGUGCUCGCAGGCGUUUUGAUGAGAUCGAACGACUCUAUGAUUGCAACUACCCGGGCUGCACCAAGGCAUACGGCACACUCAACCAUCUCAAUGCUCACAUCAGCAUGCAAAAGCAUGGUCCGAAGAGAGGUCCCCAAGAGUUUAAAGAUAUCAGGAAAGAAUGGCGAGCGAGGAAGAAAGCGGAAGAGUCGCGCAGCAAGCAACGGCAAAAAGCCGGAGGGCAUCAGGGGCAUGACAUGGAAGCAAGCGGUCGCAAUGGCAUCAUCGAGAACUCCUAUUAUCGUCCGAUGACUGCGCCAAGUCUGCCAAAUAGACGGCCUAGCUUGCCAAUGACCAAUACGGCAAGUUUUGCUCCAGUCGCUUUCGAGACGAUCGACGAGAACGCGACGCUCGGCCAUGGCUAUGCGGCCGAGCAGACGUUUUCGCCUUACAACUGA